GGCGCAGUUAAAAUCUUAGGUGGCAGCAGCAGGAGGCGUGUCCUGACAGGUUAACGGGGCGUGAAAGGUUCCUUUUAUGCGACCUCUCCAUCGACACUCUCCAGUCCGUCUGCUGAAACGACAACGGUCCACUGCCUCUUUUUAAAAUGGCCCAGUCAAUCCUCGACACCAUGCCCGGAGCCAGCACAGGAACCGUGGUGUUCACAGAGCCUCUGAAUUUCUGGGGUGGGAAACGAGUGAAGCCCCGGCAGGAGAAAAACGCAGAGCCCGUGUUUGAACCUGCGACUGGUCGUGUCUUGUGUCAGAUGGUACCCUGUGGGGCUGAGGAGGUGGAUGAGGCCAUACAGAGCGCCCAUGCUGCCUACCUAAAGUGGAGCAAGAUGACGGGCAUGGAGAGGGCUCGGGUGAUGUUAGAGGCCGCCCGCAUUAUCAGGGAAAGAAGGGAGAAGAUUGCAAAGCUGGAAGUGAUCAACAAUGGCAAGUCCAUCACUGAAGCACUGGUUGAUAUCGAUAUUUCCUGGCAGACCAUUGAGUACUAUGCUGGCAUGGCUGGUACACUUGCAGGCCAGCACGUCCAGCUUCCUGGUGGAUCCUUUGCCUACACCAGGAGGGAGCCCCUUGGUGUGUGCGUGGGAAUCGGUGCAUGGAAUUACCCCUUCCAGAUCGCAACAUGGAAGUCUGCUCCUGCUCUGGCAUGUGGUAACGCCAUGGUAUUUAAGCCCUCUCCGAUGACUCCUGUGACUGCCGUCAUUCUGGCUGAGAUUUACAAAGAGGCAGGGGUACCAGACGGACUCUUCUGUGUGGUUCAAGGUGGAGCAGAAACUGGCACCUUGCUCUGCCAUCACCCGAAGGUCGCCAAAGUCUCUUUCACUGGCAGUGUGCCAACAGGCAAGAAGGUCAUGGAAAUGUCUGCCAAGAGUGUGAAGCAGGUGACUCUGGAGCUCGGAGGGAAAUCUCCUCUCCUGAUCUUCAAAGACUGUGAACUGGAAAAUGCAGUGAAAGGAGCACUCAUGGCAAACUUCCUGACGCAGGGACAGGUUUGCUGCAAUGGGACCAGAGUGUUUGUGCAGAGAGAGAUCAUGCCCAAGUUCCUGGAAGAAGUAGUGAAGAGGACUAAGGCCAUCCCUGUGGGUGACCCCCUGUUGGACGGCACCCGAAUGGGAGCGCUGAUCAGCAAGCCACAGCUGGACAAAGUGCUGGGAUAUGUCAACCAGGCCAAGCAGCAGGGAGCCAAAGUGCUUUGUGGAGGAGAGCCCUUUGUCCCCAGUGACCCCAAAUUGAAAGGAGGCUACUUCAUGUCACCCUGCGUACUUGAUAACUGCAGAGACGACAUGACCUGUGUGAAGGAGGAGAUCUUUGGCCCGGUCAUGUCCGUGCUGCCUUUCGACACAGAGGAAGAAGUGAUCCAGAGGGCCAACAACACCACCUUUGGAUUGGCCUCUGGAGUUUUCACCAGGGACAUCUCUCGAGCCCAUCGUGUGGCUGAGAACCUGGAGGCAGGGACCUGCUACAUCAACAACUACAACAUCAGCCCUGUGGAGGUGCCAUUUGGAGGAUACAAGAACUCAGGCUUUGGCAGAGAGAACGGCCAGGUGACAAUCGAGUACUACUCCCAGCUGAAGACUGUGGUCGUAGAAAUGGGCGACGUCGAGAGCCUCUUCUAAACUCCUCUCACCAAGUUGUGCCACAAAUGUGAAUUAAAAGCUGCACUUCUCUCUUCAUUCAUGAUCUAUGCACCAGAUAUGAGAACAUGUAGCACUCUCUUUACACGAACGUUACAUCCACACUAAUACGUUUUCAUUUAAAACGCAUCUCUAUUGCUGCAUACGCCUAGCACCUACACUACUCUGACAUAUUGAAACCCCCAAAACCGCCGUAUUAAAAUGAAAGCGUAUAAGUGUGGGUGGAGCCUAUGUUUGCAUCUCACAUGUACUUAGAGAGAGGCAGGUCUGUGAGAACUUAAGAACCUGUUCAAAAUUCUCUAGUUUCUUCAUCCAACAAGUGAGCCUACUUUAGAAUUAACCAAGUACAUGAAUAGAAAUCUGCGUAUUACAAAAAGAACAAAUGCUGGUGUGUGUGUGUGAGAACGACCAUGAGCCUUAUUCAGAAAUACUGUGUGUAGUGAACUGAGCAUCAGCAUCUAUCAGUUGGUACCAGAUUUUUAUACUUUACGCUGAACUGACACAGUUGAACAACUAACACCUUUUUAUCAAAAUAAAAUGUUUUAGAUACAAAGUC